AUCCCACAGAGUGAAUACAUGUCCCAACAACUGCUCCGGCCGAGGCGAGUGUCGCGUGAGGAACGCCACCGGCUCGGUGUACUGCGAGUGUGAAGCCAACUGGAAAGGGAAAGCCUGCGAUGUCCCGUCCUGCCUGGAUAACUGCGGCUACCCCGAACGAGGCCGCUGUCAGGGCAAGACCUGCGUCUGCAAGUCUGUAUGGCAAGGUCCAGACUGCUCCGUCUCAGUACCUGCCAACUCCUCCUUCUGGACCCGGGAGGAUUACAACGAGGCAGGGCUGGCCAGGGCGUCCCACAAGGCCGUGGUGGACCAGGGCAUCAUGUGGGUGAUCGGAGGCUACGUCUUCAACUCCACCGACUAUCACAUGGUCAAAGCGUUCAACCUCAGCAGGAAAAGCUGGAUGACCCUCGACCCGUCUGUCAACACUGUCACACCGAGAUACGGCCACUCGCUCGCUCUGCAUGAGGGGAGGAUCUACAUGUACGGUGGAAAGAUCGACUCCACGGGAAACGUGUCCAGCCAGCUGUGGGUUUUCCACAUCCAGAAUCAGACCUGGGUCCUCCUGAGCCCUCGGUCCAAGGACCAGUACGCUGUGGUGGGACACUCGGCCCACGUUGUCCCUCCCCUCCAGGAAGGGGACAGUCCCGUCAUGCUGGUCCUGUUUGGACACUGUCCUCUGUACGGCUACAUCAGCCUGGUGCAGGAGUACAACAUUGUCAAGAACUCGUGGAGCAUGGUGAGCACAGACGGUGCGCUGGUCCAGGGCGGCUACGGCCACAGCAGCGUGUUCGACCCUGGCACCAGAGCCAUCUACAUCCACGGAGGCUACAAGGCCUUCAGCGCCAACAAGUACGGCCUGGCUGGAGACCUGUACAAGUUCGACGUGGACAAAAGGAGAUGGACGAUUCUGAGAGACAGCGGCUUCUUCCGGUACCUCCACACAGCCGAGAUAGUGAGCGGGACGAUGCUGGUGUUUGGGGGAAACACACACAAUGACACAUCCAUGAGCCAUGGCGCCAAGUGCUUCUCCUCCGACUUCCUGGCGUACAGUCUGG